GUUGCACCGUGGAGAGAGGUUUGGGGGCAGUCAUCACCAAAUCUGUGGGAGACUCUGUGGUGCUGCCGUGCUCCUGUACAAACCUGCAGGAUGAUCCACAGACAGUGCAGUGGGGAUUUAGAAGAAAGUUCAUAGGAGGCGACUACAGAGCUGAUCACUCAGUGUUUCCAGAGGACGGCAGUCAGAAUCAGAGCUACAGAAACAGAGUUCAGAGACUGAUUCAGAAUAAACCAGGAGAUUUAUCUCUAAUAAUCGCUAACCUCACUGAGGAAGAUGAAGGAACAUAUCUGUGUGGAAUCAAUGGGAAAUAUAACAGAGCCAUCAUUCUCUAUGUCAGAGGCUGUACUGUGCUGGAACAAGGGGAGAGAAUGUUCUCCAGAUCUCCAGGAGAGUCUGUUCUGCUGCCCUGUCCCUGUCCUGGAGACCAACAGAAGAACAACACUGAGAGAGUCACAUGGACUAAAGAUCAGACUGCAGUGUGUAAUGAUACAGAAUCCUACAGAGGCAGAGUCUGGAUGUUCGACCAAACACAUUCCAGAAAUUUCUCUCUCCUCAUUUCAGAUCUGAAAAAAGAGGACUACGGAAUCUACACUUGCAGAGCUGGUGAACACACAUCAUCUGUCCAGCUAGAGGUCAAAGGCUGCGCUCUGUCAGAGAAUAAACAGACUGUUCCAGUCAGUAGAUCCUCAGGAGAGUCUGUUCUUCUGUCCUGCACCUGCACUGACCUGCAGGACAGACCUGUGAGAGUUCAGUGGAGAACACCAAACCAUGAAGAUCUCCUUCAGCGCUACAGCGGCCGAGUUCAGACGUUUAACCAGAACUCUACAGGAAAUCUCUCUGUACUGAUCUCAGACCUGACUGAAGAGGACGGAGGAACAUAUUCAUGCUGGAUAAACCAGAAUCAGUACAGGAACUUCAGCCUCACUGUUAAAGGCUGCACACUGUCAGAGACUCAGGAGAAACUGAUUAUCAGAUCUCCAGGACAGUCUGUUCUCCUGCCCUGCUCCUGCACUGACCAACACACCAAACCUGUAAGUGUGAAAUGGGAGCAUGUAGACUCAGGAGGGACUGAGGUAUCCAAUGAGACGACAAACUACACAGGCAGAGUCCACAUGUUUAAUAAGAACCUUCCAGCAAAUCUCUCUCUACUGAUCUCCAACCUGACUGAACAAGACCAGGGAACAUACAGAUGUUCAAUCAACAACAAACAGUCCAUCAACAUCAGACUCAGCAUUAAACGGUAA